AGAGGACCGAUGGAUUGCAAAUUUCGGGCUUGCUUAUCAGUAAUUCAGUAUUCACGGGUUCAUCUAUUUCGGCCCAUGGGCCCGGAGAGGAAGGGCGUUGCAGCUGCAUCAACCUUUCUCACCACCCACUCCCUCUCUCUCUUCACUCCAUGCUGAAGAUGAUGCAUUUGCAGCAGCAUCAGCACUACUCCCCGCCAUUUCCAAACCCUCGUUUAUCCCGAAUUCUGGUCCCCGUUUACUCUCACACCUCCUUCCCCAGCCAUUUACACAUUGCUCCUCGAAGCCUUCACUCUUCUCGGAGACUAGUGGAAUCCGUAUUCCUUCCUUCCCCUGCCCCGCUUUCUCGGUUCAUCUGCAGGUCCAAUGGCCGCUCAGAUAUACCAGGGAGUCUUGAAAUUGGGAAGCGGGGAGGCGGAAGGAAGCCUGAGAGGCAAGUGAAUGGGGUGUUCUGGGUUAUUCUUGUGAACCUUGGUGUGUUCUUGGCUGAUCACUUCUUCCAGGUCCGCGCCAUAAAAUCUCUCUACUUGUAUCACAAUUGGCCUGCCUGGUACCAGUUUGUCACAGCAACGUUUUGCCAUGCCAGUUGGGAGCAUCUCUCGAGCAACCUUUUCUUCUUGUAUAUCUUCGGAAAGCUUGUUGAAGAAGAGGAAGGAACUUUUGCUCUGUGGUUUUCCUACAUUCUUACUGGUGUUGGGGCGAAUCUCGUUUCGUGGCUAGUUCUACCCAGGAAUGCCGUUUCGGUUGGAGCCUCAGGUGCUGUUUUUGGAUUGUUCGCCAUUAGUGUACUUGUCAAGUUGACUUGGGACUGGAGAAAGAUCCUUGAGGUGCUGAUAUUGGGACAAUUUGUUGUAGAGAAGGUAAUGGAGGCAGCACAAUCUUCAGCAGCAUUAUCAGGGAGCUUAAGAGGAGGUAACCCGGGUCAGAGUGUGAACCAUAUUGCACAUCUCUCUGGUGCUCUGAUCGGCGUUCUUCUAGUUUGGCUCGUCAGUAGAAUCCCUGCUCCUAAUGACGACGAUGAAGUAUCGUCUUUGACUGGGAAAUCAAGGAAAAAGUGAAAGCACAGAGCCACCAAGCACGGUGUGUACUGAUCAAGUUUGCAUAUUGAUGUGUCAUUGAAGCCACGAUUAUGUUUGUAUGAUUCUACACGGAUGCAAUACAAGAACUUUGUUAUAGUUAGAUGAAUAUUUGGAAUUUGUACACUUGUGUUUGGACUGACAAAACAGCACUGAUAAAGAGUUAUAUGCCUG